AUGGCGGCUUCCAUCGCUCGAACAAAACUUCCCAUUUUAAAAGAUCAUCUUUCGGCUGCCGUUGGGAAAAGCAGCAUUGUUGUUAAAGCAAUAGCUAUCACAGUAAUCAUAGGAUACCUCUUAUCAUUUAUAUCAUAUGCAAUUCCCUUUAUAACAGUGACACCAGGCUAUGUUAUGCCUCCAAAUUUCCGUGUUUACAGUUUUGGACUAUAUUGUUUUGUUGAGCUACAUUUCUGGCAUGUUUUAGCUGAUAUCGCGGUAAUAAUAUUGUUUGGCAAGCUUCUAGAACCUCUUUGGGGCGCACCUGAUAUGCUGCUGUUUUUCAUUAUUGUGAAUUUGGGCGUGGGACUUAUGACUGCGUUUUUGUAUUUCUUUAUCUACUUGGUAACCCUUAAUGAAAAAUAUUUGUUUGAAGUGCAUAUCUACGGGUUAUCGGGGUAUAUCGCCGGGUUUUGUGUUGCCGUUAAGCAAGUCAUGCCCGACCACUGCCUGGCGACUCUUCCCUUUGGAAAGCUAAGGAAUACUCACAUACCACUGACAUUGCUUGUGUUGAUUGUUUUGCUGCGGAUUGCAGGGCUGCUUCCAGGACCUUACCCUUACAUGUUCACCAGUGGAAUAGUUGUUAGCUGGGUGUACCUAAGGUUUUAUCAGAAACACACAAAUGGCAAUCGUGGUGACAUGGCUGAUAACUUUAGUUUUGCAAGCUUCUUCCCAAGCCAGUUCCAGCCUUUGAUUGCCAUAAUCUCCAACUCUGUGUUUAGUGGACUUGUGAAAAUAAAGCUGUGCAAAAAACCACAGCGAAGGUAUGAUGUCAGCUCCCCUACGACCAUCACAGUGACUUUACCAGGGUCAGAACCUCACGAUGCAGAAAGGAGAAAACAACUCGCACUGAAAGCUCUGAAUGAAAGGCUGGGAAAACCAGAAGGCAACCCUAAUUGGCCGACACUAGAUGAUGAUAGUCCAGCCAGCCCUGCAACAGUCCUGCUCAACCCCACACUCUCCCAGGAGGCCACCAGUAAAGCCUCUGCAGCAACUAGUUUGUCUAUUUCUGACACUGCUAAACACGAUCCAACAUCAGCAGAAAUGGUCUGA